ACUUCCAAAUGUGUGGCGGUUAUGAUUACUACUUCGCUACUGAAACAGGGAUGUGAAUAUGUCCAACUUGGUUUAUUAAAGUAUCAUGGAUUCCCAGUGGGAGGGAUCAAUUCCUGACCAUCCUUAUCUUCCUAGUGUUUCUAAAUCUGUUUAUAUAUUGGGCUGUAAGUAUGACUCUUUAGAUGUCUGUUCUGAAACUAUAAGUCGAGGCACUAAAUGCUUAUCUUCCCAUAGUUUCAAAUAAAUUUUCUGUUUUGGGAAUUGGACUAAUGGGUUAUUGUGCCAGGUUAUUUGAUAGGGAGGAAAUUGCACGUCACCUAAAGUCUCGACUAUGGAUGACUUACCGAAAGGGUUUCUCCCCAAUUGGCAGUCGAAAUGGUCCUAAAUCAGAUGCUGGAUGGGGUUGUAUGCAUCGCUGCGGACAAAUGAUUCUUGCUGAAGCCAUGUUAAGAUUUCACCUCGGACGAACGUGGAAAUGGAGUCCUCAACAAGAAAGCCCGGAAUAUUAUCGUCUUCUACAAAUGUUUCAAGAUCGACGGUCUGCGCUUUAUUCCAUUCAAACUAUUACCCUCACAGGUGUAUCACUUGGUAAAUCUAUUGGAAGUUGGUUUGGUCCAAAUACUGUUGCACAAGUGCUCAAAAAACUAUCUGUCUAUGACCGUUGGACAAAUUUAUUUAUUCAUAUUUCUGUAGAGGAUGGGAUUAUUAUUGAUGAAAUCAAAUCUUUAUGCUGCCAAAAUCGACCUUAUUUCAAUUUCUCAAAUAAUGCUAGUGAAAAUGAUAAUCAAUCUGAAUCGAUGAAACCUUGUGCUGAUGAAAGUAAAGAUGAUCCCGCAGAAGAGUCGGACUCAUCAACAUCUUCAUACAGUUGUCCAUUUGCUCAAUCUGUUAUCGAUGCAAAUCAAAGUUGUGAUUGGAACAAUGAAGCCCUUAGUAUGCGUAAUUAUGAUUCAGAAAUCAUUGAUUUACGAUCUCAACUUCAAUUACCUGUUACCAGAGAAGUAGAUGAUAGUUGUAUAGAAAUAGUUUUACCUCCAACUUUCACUAGUUCAAUACUUACUAAUACUCAAUCAAAUGAGUCAAAUGUAUUAUCUACAUCCAAUGUAAUUAAUUCACAUCAUUCUUCAUCAAUUUUUGACGAUAACAAGAUUUCCAUUCCUGUUGAUGAUAAUACUCAUAAAGAUUGUCAAGGAAAUCAACUUCCUAUGGAUCAAACGAAUCAAUACAAUGAUAAUCAAACUGACAGCACUACUAUUGCCUCUCCUGUCGUUGCUUCUGUACAUGUUAAAUCCUCAUCCUCCUCAACAAAUUCACCUUCAUCAAAUUGGAGACCAUUAUUGCUAUUUGUUCCUCUUCGACUUGGAUUACAUAAUCCUAAUCCGUGUUAUUUCAAUGCAAUCAAAGCUGUAUUUCGUUUGCCAAAUUGUGUCGGAAUAUUAGGCGGUUCACCAUGUCAUGCUGUCUGGAUUGUAGGUGUUACUGAUGAUGAUGUAAUCUGUUUAGAUCCGCAUACUACUCAACCCGCUGGUCGCGGUAAUUUAAAACCAGAUUAUGAUCAAACAUAUCAUUGUGAUAAUCCUAUACGUAUCCCGCUUAAACGAUUAGAUCCAAGCAUGGUAUUAGGUUUUUUAUGCUCAACUGAAAAAGAAUUUGAUGAUUUAUGUCAUAAUUUAAAAGAAGAAGUUCUACAUCCCUCAGUGGCUAAUUCAUGGCCUCUAGUAGAAAUUCAUACAACAAGACCGUCUAACCUACCACCACUUCCUUCAUCCAAUAUUCCAAAUGAUCUAUUAAUUUCUGUAUAUCCUUCAGAUCAGGAUAAUCUUGGUUGUGGUGUUGAUGAGAAUGUAGAUAAUUCAAUUCACAAUGCUAAUAAUAAAGAUGAUGAACAUGAAGGUAAACUAAGUGAAGCAAUGGGUGCAGUCAAAGCUCUAUGGUCUAAAUGUAAUCAAGUAGCUGGCGAUACUGUUCGUAGUUUAGCAAAUGUACCACAACGAUUUGUAAAAAGUCCUGAAUAUGAAGUUAGUUAGUUAAAAUGGUCAAUCUCAGUGUGUCGUUAUGUAUUAUGAACAAUUAAUUAUUAUCCAAUGUAGUUCUACUGGUUAUUUGUUUGUUUGUUUGUUUUAAAUGUCAAGUACACACAAUCAGAAUUGAUUAGCAAUAUAGGGAAGAAGAAGAAAACAAUUAUUAAGAAUUUAUCUGUUUGAUGAAAUGUUUUCCUUUUGCACACGUACACAUACACAGAUACAGAGAGAUUGAAUGAUGGCAGUUAAUGUCUAUACCAGAGACUACAAUUAUAAUUACUAGUAGUAUUACUAUUAUUUUUUUGUUGUUGUUCUGUUUUGUGUUUCUUCUGUCGGAUUCCAAAUUUCACUUUAUAUCUUUUGAUAAUUAUUGACAUAGUUUAUAUUUUUAAAAGAAAAUUUAACAUUUAUUAACUGUGAUUGUGUGGUGUUGAUAGUCCGUUAGUCGACUGUAAUGCCUACUUGUCUUGAUGAUAACAACAAUUAUCACUAUUAUUGUUAUUAUUAUUUAUUGCGACCGUUGGUAUGAUUAACAGCAGUACUAGUAAGAUACAACAACAAUGAUAUUCUAUGAAUUCAACUGUAAAUAUCUUUCUUUUCCUUUCUAUGAAGAUUCUUCCCCAUAAAACUAAUGUCAUUUAGGUGUGUGUGUGUAUGUUUGUCUGUAUUUAUCGGGAUGAAUAGAUUCCGUGUUUGAAUGAUUGAAAUUGCUUUUCACAACAAAAAUAAUAAAUAUUACUGCCUCUUCCAUUAAAAAGAAACACAUACAAUUUGAUGUAAUCAACCAAUCAGUCCAUACGCGUACACACAGAUACACACGAACAAAGUACGUGCACUCCUUGUUACAACAAAUAUCCCCACUACUAAUCAGUGUGAUAAAUAAUAUUUCUAUGACUACUAGUGUGAUUAUUAAUAUUAUUCGUUGUACUAAUGAUAAUUAUCAUAAUUAUAAUUGUUCUACUUCUAUAGAGGUGACAAAUUUCACUUAAAUCAGGUAUUAUUGUCCAUUGCCAGAUUUCUCCGUUUCUCUGUCAUAUCUCUUUAUUUAUUUGAACUAUUAAAUGAUUAUCAAUGAACAAUUUAAUCUUAUUAUUUCAAUAAUAAUAAAAUGGUAUAUUGC